AUGUUCUCCAACCGCGCCGUCACGGCGCUGCGGACUUCCUCUCGGCAAUGCACCCGCCAAAUCCACUGUUCAGUCCGCCAAUGCGCAGAAGAGACCCCCAGACGCAAUCGAAAGGAGCGCUCGACACUCAUCUCCAAUGAAGUCUCCAAACUCCGACAAGGCCCACCUCCAUCCGCAUCCCAGUCUCAAGCACCCACCGUAUCUGCAGGCUUCCUAGAUACUCCUCCAUCUCCAUCAUCUUCCGGACGAAUGGGUCAGAAUGCGCCACCAGAACGAGAGGGCAUCGCAGCACAGGGAAUUGCCCGGCCUUCAACCAUGACAGAACCGAGUGAGGGCGGUGUUGAUGUACUAUCAGCAAGCGCACCGGGGAGAGGGGGUGUAGCUGUCAUGCCGCGACGAUCAAAUCUGCCCAAAGCUGCUGGGAGGGCGUAUUCGCCGGUGGGCUUUGACAAGAAGUCACUGUUGAGGAGUGGUGAGGGUACGGCAACGAUUGCGGGAGGUAAUUUUGAAGGUGUGGUCGAGGAUCGAUUUCAUCAUGCCAUCACUCCGGGGAGGAGAGCGGGCGUGACUGUGUCAAUGGACCAGCAGGCCCAGAAGCUUAGGCAAGGGCAGGUCGCGAGGGCUACUCGGCAGCCUGAUGGGAAGAGAGGCRCGGGAAACAAGGUGCUGCCUGAAGAGGUGAGGAAUGCGAUUGUUGAGAAGAUGGUGAAGGGGACUUUCAACCAGAAGGCGCUGGCGUCUGGGCCGGUGGACAACCCUCAUCCGGUGGCAGAGGUCAGGAAGAGGCUGUUAUUGAACGGAACAUAUCUCAGAUCAGAUGCGAGCAAGUUGGCAAAUAAGGUGGAGGCGUUUUUGACCAAGGAGCAGUGGAAUAAGGUGCAACUUGCCGGCGGAAGAUGA